AAUUAUGAAUUAAACGAGGCCCCGAAAUUAGCCCAAGCAAAGAAUUUCUAUAAAUUCUGAACUCAGAAGGGUAAAUCUCUAAACGGAAGAAUUGAAGGGUAAUUCCUCGGAGUAAUUCUCAGAAUUAGUUCUUCUUUUUCCGCCGUUUAUUGAUUUUGGUUUGAGAGAUAUGAAGAUCGUUGCUGCUUAUUUGCUGGCUGUGUUGGGCGGCAACACCUCCCCCUCCGCCGAUGAUAUUUCCAACAUCCUCGCCUCAGUUGGAGCUGAGUGCGAUCAGGAAAGGGUUCAACUCCUUUUGUCUCAAGUUGCUGGCAAAGAUAUCACCGAGUUGAUUGCAGCUGGGAGGGAGAAAUUGGCUAACGUACCCUCAGGAGGUGGUGCAGUUGCUGUCGCUGCACCUGCUGGAGGUGGCGGUGGUGCACCUGCAGCAGCAGCUGAGGCGAAGAAAGAAGAGAAGGUGGAAGAGAAAGAGGAGUCUGAUGGAGAGGAUAUGGUGUUCGGUCUCUUUGACGACUAAGAAAUUUGUGAACAAUGAAGAAAUUUAGUUUUAGUUUUAGCUGGAGAAGAUUUUGCUGCUUGAAUGAGGGCCUUUUGCACAGUGAAGAUAAUACAUUAGUAAGUACUUUGUUUUGAAUUUCAAUUACUUAGAAUGAUUCAUUUGCACAAUGAAGUUAAUACUAAUAUCAAUAUAGUAGUAGUAUGGAUUUUUGAAGUA